CCUGCACGUGACAAUCUCUUCAUUCUCCCAAUAUAAACCCGCCACAAACUGGGGAAGCAGACCCCUACAAUGGCGACAGCCGGCAACGGGGAAGUUAUGGGAAAAGAAGACGCAAAAGAAGGUACCGGAAAGAUACUAUGGUUAUUUCCGAGACUCCGUUUUUCCAAUCAAGAACCGAAGAAACCGAAUGUUGAGGUUAGAGAGGAAGUGAAACUCCCGAAAAAUCCACCGCCAAGGAGCGUUUUUUUUGGCAUUCGCCAGACUUCUCUACCUCCGUUGGAGGCGGAGGCGUUGGAGAGCGUCGGAAGGACCUCCAACCCUGCAAUUCUUUGGCAGUGUAAUGGAAUUUGUUCUAAAAUCUUAUUUCUGCUUAUGUGUUCAUCAGAGUCAAGGCCUUGUUUCGUUAUCGUCAUGGAUGUCAUCAUAGUGCAUAUUGUUAUAAGAUGCGAAGGGUGUCGAGAGUACAGUGCUGCAAUCUAUGGUAUAUUUUGUGAUUGUUCUCCCAGUUUUAAUAAGAUUGCUUGACGGACAAAGUUGUGUUAUUCUGGUGUAGGGUGAGAAGAGGUAGUUUUUUUGUGCAUCUGAUAUAUUUAAACCAACGGAACUUUGAUGAUUGUUUAUGCUUGGUUACGCCUGCAAGGCCAGUUACCUAUGUAACUAAGACAUUAUUGUCAGUUAAUGCUAAUUCUGGGAUGUUAAUAUAACUUAUUUUAAUAGAUUUUUUUGUCUUUAAAGCUUGGACAAUCAUGUGCAAAUGGCUUUUGCCCAUUGUCCCUCACUGUACUCAGCUGUUGGUCAUUGUUUCCAUCUCAUUUGUCUUGUUCUCUUUCCUUAGUUUUCGCUUCUGCUAGUUCUUUGCCUUUAAGCAAUAAUUUGUGCAGUACUUCUUUAUGAUAAUCUUUUAACAGAAAGGCUUUCAGCUUACUUUCAGAUUGCUAGUGAUUUAUUUCUUCAUCAUACGGUUGUGGUUGAUGGAGAAUGCCUUGCAUUAAAAUGUGAAACAGCUGACAUAUUCCUUCUGUUUUUGUAUUGUAUCAUUGCUUACUACUGAGCAUCCUAGAUGAGAUAACCUACGAAAAUGUUUGUUUUAACUUCAAUCUUCUCUCCUCCAGCCAUGGUUUGUUUUUGCUGAUUGAAUUAGAGUAUAUCUUCUUUCAGGUUUAUGUUCUCAGUGGUUUCCUUGUACUAAACUGGGUGUGGACAAGAUGGAAGGAGAGAAAGAAGGGUGGAGAUGAGAAGGGUUCAUCAGAUGAUGAUCACUCUCCAGCUGACGAUGAUGAGUAUUCUCAUUUCUCAGAUUGAAUGAACAACAGUCCUUAGGUCUACAAUGUUUCCUACCUGUCUCAUCCUUUUCCUUUUUGGUUUCACUAGCGAGGUGAAUUGGAAGUUAGUAUAGUUUUUAUGCAUUGAAUGCUAUCCUCACCUUUGUGUAUGUAAUGCUUUAACAAAUAUAUUGCUUCUUGGUUU